AUGGACGUCCCGCACCCAGCCGGAGCCGCCGCGGCGUCGAACACCUCGAGCGAUGUCCCUCCUCCUCCUCCUCCGCCUCCUCCUCCUGGCCCCUCAAAGCCCCCGGGUCCGCCCGGCUCCUCCUCCUCCCGCGACUUUUCUCGACGCAAGAAGCGCACGCACGCCUCGUGCGAGGGAUGCCGCCAGCGCAAGCAGAAGUGCUCGAGGGAGACGGUUUGCACGAAUUGUAGGCUCAGGAACACGCCUUGCGUCUACAUCGACGCUGCCCCAACCGCGUUCAGCGCCAACAAUCCGACGGUAGAGGAACAACUCGCCGACGCUCGCGAAGAGAUUCGUCGCCUGCAAGGUCAGAUCGACCGCUUGACGCAGGAGAACGCGUAUCGCAGCUCUUCGGAGCCUGUCUCGUCGUCGGACGACCCUGCUUUCGACUACCAGACGCUCCUCCCUUCGCUCUUCAGGCCGCGCGCGGGACGAGUCCCCAUCCCCUCGUUCCCGCUCGGUCCUGGCAAUCCCUACAGCUACUCCUACCCCAACACGCCCUACUACGAACCUCGCCACUCAACGCCGUACGCAGACGUCCAGUUCGACACGCCCUCUUACUUCUCGUCGCUGGAGACUGCUCCGUUCGCCCAGCCUACCGCUUCACCUAUCGCAUCGACUCACCAGGGCUACUUCCCGCCGUCACAAGGCCCGUCUCAGCACCUGCCUUGGCCGGCCGGGCACAUCCGCCACCAGACCUAUCCGCCCGUUGGAACGCACCCCUACGAGCCCGCGCGCUCGACUCCUGCGUCCCUGCAGCCGUACCAGCCUCAACAGUCGAGCAGCUCGCACUAUCAGCAGUACGCGCCCGGUUACACAGGAGCAGGCGCCCUCGCAGGACCUUCGAGCGCGACUCUGCCCUACUACGCCUCGAGUUUUGCACAGCCGGCAGCGCAGAACUUCACGACGCUCGAGCAGGCUAUCGUCCCUCCUCAGCCGCGCGCGACGUACGUCUACGCAGCCGAUUCGACGCCUACGCCGACUGCGACUGCUUUCCGACCAGCUGCGACGGCGCAUCUCGAGGACGUCGACGACGGAGCGGUGCAUUGGACGGGUCAGCUGCCCUUGGACAGUCACGGACAAGGCUCGAGUAGUUUUGGAGGAGGAACGUGGGCGCCUCCGCGUGUCAAGGAGGAGCCGGAGGACUGA